AUGUCUGAUGAUAGUAUAAUUAUACCAUCAACAACAACAAAUUCACUAUCAAAAUUAACUAUAAAUGAUUACUCAAAAACAGGAUUUGGAUAUAAUCCAUCAAUUGGUACUCAAUCAAAUUCAAUAAAUAAUAUAGAAACUUCAAAUUUAUUAAUAUCAAAGAAACAAAUUAUAUUAUCAACAUCAACCAUCCCAAUAUAUGAAAAACUUCAUCUUAUAUCCAAAAAAUCACCAAUAGAAGAAAUAACCUUGAGUUCUUUACUAUAUUUAUUCUCAGAAAUUAUCCAAUGGCAAUUUAAAAAUUCCAAAAAUAUAAAUGAUCUAGAGGCAAGAUUAAAUGGACUAGGUUAUAAACUAGGCAUAAAAUUGAUAGAAAUGAUUAAAUUAAAAGAUGGAUAUAAGUUAUUAAAACGAGAUACUAAAAUAUUAGAAAUUUUACAAUUUAUACAUGGGCCAUUUUGGAAAUUUAUAUUUGGUAAACAAGCUGAUGAACUAGAAAUGAGUCAAAAUAAUAAUGAUGAAUAUAUGAUUAUUGAUAAUUUACCAAUAUUGAAUAAAUAUAUAAGUAUUCCAAAAGAUUACGGAGAUUUGAAUUGUUGUGCAUUUGUAGCUGGUAUAAUCGAGGGUUCGUUAGAUGUUAGUGGGUUCAAUUGUAAUGUAACUGCUCAUACUAGUACAACUGAUCAACAUCCAUUAAGAACGGUAUAUCUUAUAAAAUUCCAUAGUAAUGUCUUAUAUAGAGAGAAUAUAAGAAACUGA